AUGAUGUCAACGCUGUCGCGUAUGUCCAAUGGUCUCCAGUACAUGGGACAUACUAGCCGCGACUGGGUAAACAAGAAACAAAAGUUUGCCAGAGAAGAGUCCCAAGAUGACGUCAAGAAACUUCUGGAUUUCUUCGAGAAGAUGCAGAACAUAAACCCAGAGUUCUUCUAUGAUUAUGAAGUUGAUGUAGAUAACCAUGCAGCAUUAAAAACUAUCCUCCCAGAUACACUACAUAAGUUGUGUCGGUGGCAUGUCAUGAAGAAGUACAAAGAUCACCUCGCCUUGUUGUAUAAGGCGCACGAGAAACUCAAGGAUGACCUCAAUGCGGUGCUGAACCACCCACUAAUGCCGUCAGAAUUUGAACAAGCAUGGAAGGACCUCAUUCAGAGAUACAACUUGCAAAACAACGAAGUGAUGAAUUCGCUGUGGGAUGACAGGCACGAGUGGAUCUCGGCUUACUACAAGGAAAUUUUCUAUGCUCGGAUGACUUCCAUGCAGAGAAGCGAGAGCAUGAACUGCAUACUGAAGAAAAACUUUGUCAAAGUGAAGCAUGAUCUCCAUCUCUUUGCUCAGCAGGUGGACAAAUGCAUUCAGACCAGGAAGGUCGUCGAGCAGGCAGAGACUGUAGCAAAUGAGACACAGCCGCCCGUCAACGCCUACAUGAUGGACAAAAGGUCAUGUGCGGCCAAGGCCACGACGAAGCAGGGCGGAAUAGAACGCAGCAACGUUGAUGUGGCCCAUAUCCAUUCCUUCCGUGAAUACUGUGCCAUAUGCAAGCUGCUCCGCUCGCCCAGCUCGGCACAAGACCUUGCCCCCAUGACGAGCACGACGGGCCUGCGAGCAAGCUAA